AUGGAAGACCAACCUAUGAUCAACGCGGCCGAUGAGAAUCAUCACGAUGAAGACGAUCGCUGCUUCUCCUUCAAAGCUGUGCGGGCUGCCGUUGACGACAUAUUUGCCUCGAUCCGCAGUCGCAGACAGCGGAGAAGAGAGAAUCGAGCCGCACGGAGGAACGAACACGAUGAGCUCCACGACCUUACCUCGGAUGACCAAGCACCGUCCAUCGAGGAUCUCAUUUCACAGCCCGCCCCUGCUCUGCCUCGAUAUGGUGCCGGCGUAUCGCUGCCCCGUUUCGUGAACAAUACGAGGGCCGAACCGAGCUGGCUCGACCUCUGGGCCGCCAACAACGAGGCCUGGAGCCGGUCGCGGGAGAUGUGCCGCGUGCCGGACGAAAUCGUACACAUGAUUACAGAAUACUUUGUCCGAUCGCAGCCGUCGGUCAAGUAUGUGACGGUCCGAGGCGUGUAUCAUUGCGCAUGCCAGGACCAGUACCGGCAGGUCAAGACUUGGACGGGCGAUGGACAGCCUGCGUAUGGCGAACACUGCUGGUGCCACAUUCGAAAUCUGAAUCUCCUGACCCUUGGCUCUACCCUGAGGCGAGAUAUGCGCUUGCCAGAAGACGACAUUGUGCGCGCCGCUGCGGUUGGCGUGCCGCCUUCGUAUGUUAUUGAGCAGGUCAGCAGCAAAUUUGCUCCCUACAACCGGAGCGUGAACGAGAAGCCACUGUUCGGACAAGCCUGGACGGCGAACAUCAGAGACAACGAAGACGCUCAGGGACACUUCUUCCGGUAUGGUCUAUUUCCACCGAGGAACCUUGUCCCCCGACAUCGCCGGCUGCCGCGGGCUAGGCGAUCGAGAGACAUCAACGAACGCAGCGAGAGAGCGCGCGUGGACAUCAACAGGCCAGGCGAUAAUGUCGGUCUCUACAAAGACGACGAUCUCUUCAUGAUCAAAUAUCCCUACGUUGAGCCCGCCUAUCCGUGGCUCAACGACCCGUACCGCGUGUGGCAGCUCGACAGCAGCUUCCACUACAUCAAGCGAGCUGCCAUGGAUCUGACCGAGUUCCGAAGGCUCGGGGGCGGAGAAGACAUCAAGAUGCUCUUCCGCAACAUGGACCGGAAUGAACGAUGGCCGCACUUUCACGCACGCGGCAUGCAUGUGAGCGGCUUGCCGAUCGGAGGUCCUGCCUCAGUUAUGUACGAUCUCCCAGACGGCGAUCCGAUGCGCAUCCGGACGGUGCAGGAAGCGCCCAACCCCGGCGUCGAUAAUGACAUGAUCGAAGUUGAAGUCCUCAAUGUCAGGCAGGGGCUUGACCCUUCUCGCGGCUUGUGCCUGACACCCCUCAUUCAUUACUGGAGCUGGGCCCUACCGCAGGCGGAGAUGGAAGAGAAUGAGGACCUGCUCGAGAACCUGCUCAUGGACUUUCAAGAUGACCUCGAUUACCGUGACAUCGAUCUCGACAUGGUUCCUGAGGAUGUCAACGACAUGGUGCAGAAUCGCAUCCGCCUCCAACUUGAGCAGUCCAGCAUCGAAGGGCUCGAAGAAAAUCGCGAACUAUACCGCCCGUGGGCCGAUAACAGACCCAAUGGCGCCACGCAGUUCCUCGCCGACGUGCUGUCGGGCUGCGACGACUUCUUUCUCGUGACGCCUCUCACCUGGCACCCCGACGUCGAGGAGGCCGACCUGACGCGCUACCUCAGAAGCAUACAGCACGUGGACGAGGGCCCUUGCACGGAGGGCGUUCUCGCCAUGAUGCCCACCCCCAGCGCUUCAAUGCAACGCGUGACAUGGACUAUGUCGAGGGUGUGGUCCAAGGUCUGGAACUUGCCCUGCGACGAUGGUGGCCACGAGUUGGGCACCGUUGGCAAGUAUACUCCCGGCCGGAAGCGAGCUUUCAGAGAUACGUAUAUUGGAAACGCAGACGACGAAGAGUCCGCGAGAGACGCACAGCCCGAGGUGUCACUGGAGGAGACUGACGGCUCGGAGGACUCGCCAGCCCAGGGAGCUUUUGCUUCGAUGAGGAAGAGGAUCAAAACCAGGGCUACGGCGGGCCAUCUAGCGACAAGGGGGUUCCUGCACAGCAUGGAGACGAACUUUAGGAAUGGUCUAGCAAGUGUGCGAUUGCAGGGAUCGCGUCCCACCAUCCCAAGGAGGCCGCUGUCUGGAAGCGAUCUCGAUGGGAUAGCUCCGACUCGCCAGCAGCCCAACCAGGGAGAUGCUGUCACCGUCAUCCCUCCUCAGCUGCCCGUCUUCCCUGGCGGUCCUCCUGGCAGGUUGCAGCCUCCCUAUGCACCAAUCACCCAGACGCAGACUGUCCGGUACAUGCUGAAUCCCGGAGUCAACAUUGUAGAGCUCGGUACCGAAGUGGCUCUCGAACUCAACAACCAGGUUCAAGCACACGUCUACGCCCAGAUCGCCGCCCUCGGCUGCGAGGUCCCCAACAGCGAGACGCCAAACCCCGUGCCCCCUGGUCCCGCGUCCCAGUUCAUCGCCGGCGGCACGACCGCCCACACGGUCCUCGUCCGGCAGCGAUGGAACCCGGCCCCGUCCGAGGUGCUGUCCCUCGGCAACCGCCUCAGGCGCUACCUCCUGACGCCCGCCAUGCUCGCCGUCUUCGCGAACCAGUACACCCUGCCCCAGUUCCGCCAGUACGUCUGGGAGAUCCUGACCCAGGAGAACGACCAUCUCCUGGCCCUGCACUACCAAGCCUACCACACCCACUGGCCCUACCCAGAGCCGCCGCCGGGUCCCUGGCCUUUCUCGAGGAACUUGACGCCCGAGCAGGUGGCGGAGCACAUUCCCAGGGAGCCUCCAAACCCGUGGCCGCCCGCUGGCCUGCCUCCUGGGCCGCCGCUGCGUUCGCCCCCUCCGCCCGGACGCGGUCAGCCUGCGCCGCCGCCACCGCCGCCGCCGCCUGCGCCGUGGGUGCAGCCGCCUGGUCCGCCGCCGGGGCAGCCUCCUGCUUACUAUAACCCGCCGCCGCCGCCUCCUCCUCCGCCGCCUCCGCCGCCUCCUGCGCCUCCUGGUGGUGGUGGAGCUGGAGGUGGUCAAGGUCCUCCACCGCCGCCCCCAGGAGGCGGUGGCCAUGGAGGUGGUCAAGAUCCUCCGCCACCACCUCCUGGUCCUCCCGGAAGUGGGCAGAGCUUCCCGCCUCCGUCUACGGCCCCUGCCCAUCCUCCUGCUUCCAACAUUCUUGCUGCGCCGCCACUUUACCCCGUUCUUCCUACCGGGCCUGGUCCUCUGGGAAGUGUUCAGGGCCUUCCGCCUCACCCCUGCCCCGCCGGCGAACCCUCCCACCUCUGA